GUGCGCGUCGCCGUGGUAACCGCGCAGCGGAAAGGCGCUGAAUCACCGCGUGCGCUGCCCGGACGCCAGCUAAGCUGAGCUGGGGUGGGCGAGUGUCCCGUGGCCGUCUCGCUGGAGCGGUGCCGUCCCCAGCAGGUAGAGCUGGGGACCGGAGCACUGGCUGUGUUCGCUGUCUCUCCUGGAGAGGCCAAAUCUGGCUCCUAAAAACAUCAAAGGGAGAUAGUUACCCAGUCGCUAUCUCAGAAGCCUGCUGUUUACCCUGAGUGAGGCAGAAUGACGCUCCCUGCAGGCACCCUCCUGUCACUGCUGCUGCUGGUGACUGCUGCAGGUUGCACGGGUCAGCCCUGCAGCGAGGGCCGGACCUUUUCCAAUGCUGUCGUCUCCCCGGACCUGGAGACCAUCAGAAUCAUGCCUGUGCCUCAGACCUUCUCGGUGGGGGACUGCACAGCCGCCUGCUGUGACCUGCCCAGCUGUGACCUGGCCUGGUGGUUUGAGGGGCACUGCCACCUGGUGAGCUGCCCUCAGAGAGAGAGCUGUGUUCCCAAGAGGACUGGGCCCAUCCGUUCCUACCUCACCUUUGUGCUGCGGCCGCCCACCCAAAGACCUGAGCAGCUGCUGGACUACAGGAAGAUGAUGCUGAACAAGGGUGUGCCAUCAGGGGCCUGGGGGAACCCCCCUGAGGACCUCCAAAAGGAUCUGCCUUUUCUAGGCAGAGGUGUGGGCCUGCAGGAGCCCACAGACUACUCAGAUGAGGACUACAGGGGUCUGGAGCUGGGCCUCCUGCCCACCAGCCUGCCAGGCCCCCACGAGGAUGCCCAGGAUGCUGGCUGGGGUGCCAGUGAUGCCAACGCCUCCUUAGGGGAUGGCCCCUCAGCUUUGGUGUCUGUGGGUGACCACCCAGCCUUCACGGGGGACAGCCCAGCGUUUGUGGAAGACGGUCCUUUGGCCUCGAUAUCUGUGGGGGACCACCCAGGAUCCCCUGGGGACAGUCCCAAGGCAUUUGCAUCCCCAGUGGACAGUCCAGUUGCCUCGGGAUCCACAGAGGAGAGGCCCCAGGACACAGAGGUUGGUCCCCGUGCCACACAGCACCCCACACUGAGUGAGGCCACCUGGCCUACCACCCUCACACACUCUCCACUCACCUCACUGGCUGGUCCAUCCCCAUCCCUGGAACAGGCCCCAGACAAAGACAACCCUUCUCAGCCCCAGGCGCCAUCCGUCAGCAGCCCUGAGGUACAGGUUCUAAUGCCUUCUAAUAGUCCUCCUCCUGCCAGCCUGGAGUUCACCCCAGUGAUGGUGGAGAAAAACCCAAUCCUCAUGGUCACCAAGUGGAGAACAGAGCUCAGUACCCCAACACGUCCCAGCGGCACUAUCCCUCCUGGGGCCUCCCCUUCUGAGCACCCCAUGUCUCCCAAGACAGCCCAGUUGCUAUCAGUGUCUGCUGGAGAUAACCUCUUUCUGACGUUACCCCACAGCUCUGUGGAGCUGAAGGCCUUGGUUGUGCCAGCGCCCUCUGCAGAUACAACCUACAGCUAUGAAUGGAGCUUGGUAAGCCACCCUGUGGACUACCAAGGUGAACUCAAGCUAGGAAACACACAGACUCUUAACCUGUCUCAGCUGUCAGCAGGAGUUUAUUCCUUCAAAGUCACUGUUUCUAGUGACAAUGCCUUUGGAGAGGGAUUUGUUAAUGUCACUGUUAAGCCAGCUGGAAGAGUCAACCUGCCACCCGUAGCUGUUGUUUCUCCCCGAGCACAAGAGCUCACUCUGCCUCUGACGUUGGCCUUCCUGGACGGCAGCCAAAGUACAGAUGAUACUGAAAUAGUGAGUUAUCACUGGGAAGAAGUUAGCGGGCCUUUCUUAGAAGAGAAGACCUCCACUGACUCCCCCAUCUUACACUUGUCUCACCUCGUUCCUGGUAACUAUACUUUCAGGCUGACUGUUGUGGACUCAGAUGGGGCCACGAAUUCCACAAGUGCCACCCUAAUAGUCAACAGUGCUGUAGACUAUCCGCCUGUUGCCAAUGCAGGAUCCAAUCAGACCAUUACUUUGCCCCAAAACGCCAUCAUUUUGAAUGGAAACCGGAGCAGUGAUGACCACCAGAUUGUGCUCUAUGAGUGGUCCCUGGGCGCUGGCAGUGAGAGCAAAGAGGUGGCCUUGCAGGGAACAGGGACCCCUUAUCUGAGCGUGUCCUCAAUGCAGGAAGGGGAGUACACAUUUCAGCUGAUAGUGACAGAUUCUUCAGGACAGCAGUCCACUGCAGAGGUCACCGUGAUUGUCCAGCCUGAAGACAACAGGCCUCCAGUGGCCAUUGCUGGCCCUGAUAAGGAGCUGGUCUUCCCAGUGGACAGUGCUACCCUGGAUGGGAGCAGGAGCAGCGAUGACCACGGCAUUGUUUAUUACCACUGGGAGCACGUCAGAGGCCCUGGUGCAGUGGAGAUGGCAAAUGGGGAUGCAGCAGUAGCCACGGUGACCAGUCUCCAGGUGGGCACCCACCACUUCCGGUUAACAGUGAAGGACCAGCAGGGACUGAGCAGCACGUCCACGCUGACCGUGGCUGUGAAGGAGGAAAAUAAUAGUCCUCCCAGAGCCCAGGCUGGUGGCAGACAUGUUCUUGUGCUUCCCAAUAACUCCAUUACUUUGGAUGGUUCAAGCUCUACCGAUGACCAAGGAAUUGCAUCCUAUCUGUGGAUCCGGGAUGGCCAGAGUCCAGCAGCUGGAGAUGUCAUCGGUGGCUCUGACCGGGCUGUAGCCCUGCAGCUCGCAAAUCUGGUGGAGGGUGUCUAUACUUUCCGCCUGCGAGUCACCGACAUGCAGGGGGCCUCGGACACGGACACCGCCACCGUGGAGGUGCGGCCAGACCCCAAUAAAGGGGGCCUGGUGGAGCUCAUCCUGCAGGUGGGCGCCGGGCAGCUGACGGAGCAGCAGAAGGAUGCCCUGGUGCGGCGGCUGGCCACGCUGCUGGGUGCACUGGACUCGGAUGUCAGGGUGCAGAAGAUCCAGGCCCACUCGGAUGUGAGCACGGCAGUUGUGUUUUAUGUCCAGAGUGGGCCGCCGUUCAAGGUGCUCAAGGCUUCCCAGGUGGCCCGGAGCCUGCACAGGCGUCUCUCCAAGGAGAAGGCCGACUUCCUGCUCUUCAAGGUCUUGAGGAUUGACACCGCAGGUUGCCUUCUCCCAUGUUCUGGUCACGGCCACUGCGACCCCAUCACCAAGCGCUGCGUGUGCUCCGCGCUGUGGAUGGAGAACCCUGUACAGCGGUAUCUGUGGGACGCGGAGAGCAACUGUGAGUGGAGCAUCCUCUAUGUGGCUGUGCUGGCUUCCGCUCUUGCAGUGCUCAUGGGAGGCAUAGCCUGGCUUUGCAUCUGCUGCUGCAGGAGAAGAAAAAGGACUAAAAUAAGGAAAAAAACCAAGUACACCAUCCUGGAUAACAUGGAUGAGCAGGAAAGAAUGGAACUGAGGCCCAAAUACGGUCUCAAGCACUGCAGCACAGAGCACAACUCCAGCCUGAUGGUAUCCGAGUCAGAGUUUGACAGUGACCAGGACACCAUCUUCAGCCGGGAAAGGAUGGAGCAAGGGGACGCCCAGGGUUCCAUGAACGGCCCUGUUGAGAACGGCAGCUCCUUCAGCUACUGCUCAAAGGACAGAUAAUGGUGUGACACUGAGGCGGGAUGCCCUCUGUGGCAGUUCACACGUGGUACUAACUCUCAGUGGCAGUUUAUUGCGCCCUUCCACAGGGUGGCUGUGUGUCCCCAUGGAGUACAAGACUGCUUUCUUGGAGUUUUCAAGAUAAAAGGAAACAACUUACUGACCUUUUAACCCGGACGCUUAUUAAUAGGAAUAAAGGCUGGGUAAAACUUCUAAGAUACAUGCUUAGAAGAGUUUUGUAAGUUUAAAGCUUCUAUCCUUUCAUACUGCCGCGUUAAAAUAAAGGUGAACGCCUGUUUCUCUGCGUGGAACCUUAGGGAGGGUGACUUAAACAAGGUGUUGGGACAGCUGAUCACCCUUGGCAGCUGCAGUCGCCUCUGAGGACAGUGGCUGUGCAAGGCUUCUGCAGCACGACCUGCAGCUGGACAGCUGGAUGGAACUUCCCAAGGCAGUCUGAGCCCUCUGUGCUGAGCUUGAUGCCUUUCCAUGCCUUUGCCACAGCCAGUACUGGGUGUGCUUUCUGGAAACCUUCAGAACUGAGGAAGAACUGAAUUCUAGGGACAGGAGGAACAGCAGGGGAGUCAGGGUUUCAGGACUUGGGGGUUCAAAGUUGACUGUAGCAUUUAACAUCCUUUGUCUUUUCAUUCUCUAAGAAAAACAAACUACACUGAGACCUCUCAGCUCCAGCCUCUCUCAUCAGCAGUAGAAUGGACUAGUAAUCCACUGAACACCUAGUAAGUACGUAGUGUUCACUGUGCAUUUGGACUGCCACGAAUAGAGGUAUAGACUCUCAGGCUGUGUGUCGGUUCUGAAGCUCUGAGAACAGCCAGUCCUGAUGGAAACAGGGUGGUCUUGAUAUCGCUGGACUUCAAGUGCUUUCCAAAGAGUACCGGGACAUAGACAUCUGCACCGCAUAUGUUUAAAAAGUAUUUAAAAAGAAAACAAAAAGACAUUUAUUAAAACAGCUUUUUAAAUCUUACUGUAAACAUAUGGAAAGAAUCAAACCAUUUCUACCCACAAAGUAGCACCCCAGAGCAACUGACUGAAAUUAAUUGUCAUUGGGCACAGUGGUGCAUGCCAUUAAUCCCAGCACUCCAGGAAGCUGAGGCAGAAUUCACAAGUUUGA